UCAAACGGUCAAACCCUCCAAAGUCCAAACCCUCACCGCAAUGGGCAGGAAACCCUCGGCCUCCGCCGCCGCCGCUGCGGCGGCUGACCACGAGUCCCUCGCCGCCAGUGCGAAGGCCGCUGAACUCCUAGCGGCAGCAGCCAACUGCGAUGGUGUCCAGGGGCACUCCCUAUUCUUCGACGCCCUCGUGCAGCUCAUCCCCCCGCGCUUCUACCUCUCCGCCGGCGACGAGGACCGCCCCUACUACCAGGGGCUCUCCAAGUCCGCCAAGGCGGCCAUGAAGGCUCAGUCCCGCGCCAAUAUCAAGGCUGCUCGCCGAGCCCGCCUCGACCCUGCAGGGCCACCCUCCUCGACCCUGGACCUCCUCAAGAAGUCUGUCGCCGACCAAGAGGCAGAGGGGGAUCAGGAUAAGUCGCAAGAUGAAAGCAAUGAAACCGAGGACGAGGCAGGCUCAGAGGAUGAUGAGGAUGAGGAUGAGGAUGAGGAAGAAGAAGAGGAAGGGGAAGAGGAGGAGGAGAUACCGAUGGCUCCGGCGGCAGUUGUUUCUGAGGACCGAUCGGUGACUUAUGAAGAGCUGCGUGAGCGUCUUCAUCGCCGCAUUACGGAGCUCCGUGGGAAUCGGUGCACCAGCCAGGAGUUCCUGAAUAAGCCCCAGAAGGAGAAGGGCAAGAAGGUAAAGGGGACUAAAGUGAAGGGAAAAGAUGGGGGCAUGAAGCGGAAGCGUGAGGAUGGCGCCGAAGAUGCAGACGGUGCGGAUGGGAAGAAGCACAAGAAGCAGGCUGAUGAGAAGGCACCUGAUAUCAUGUACGGCAAUGUGUUGGUUGACCCUAAGGAAGCAAGGCGCAGGAAGAAGAGGAGGGUUAAGAACAAGAAGAAGGAGCUGGAGCAGGCUAAGCGGAUGCAGCGGGCAAAGGAAGAUCCUAAGAAGGCUACCAAGAUGGCCUGGGAUGUGGCAACAAGAAGGGCUGCAGGGGAGAAGGUGCACGACAACCCAAAGCUUAUCAAGGAGAGCAUGAAGAAGGAUAAGAAGCGGCAGCAGAAGCAUGCGGAGCAGUGGAAGGACAGGCAGAAGACGGUAGACAGCAAGAGAAAGGAGAAGCAGAAUACACGGAAGGAGAACAUCAAGGAGCGGGCACAACAGAAGAAGAUGCGCAAAAUAGAGAAGCGCGAGAAGAAGCUUAUACGCCCUGGUUUUGAGGGGCGCAAGCAAGGAUAUGUCAAUGAGUGACAUCUACAUUGAAGAUUUUGAGGACUGAGGAAAGAGGGAGUAAUUGAAUCUGUUUUACUUUGCAUGGCUGCAAUUCUUGAUGUUGGUAUUCAUAAUAGGUAUCCAGGUCACAAUUUGUCAUACUUAUAGAGCAUCAAUUUGGUUGUUUGGCAGGUUGUCUGGAAAAGAUAUUGAGAUGUUUCUUCAGCUGUAUUAUCAUUUGAGCUGUAGCAGGUUAACCGUCUCGGUGAUGUGCUGCUACUAAUCUACCUGGUGUUUCUUUCAUCCAACUUUUGAAUCGGUGAAUCACCAUGUUCUGUCUGAGAAGUCUGCUAAUAUUUCACAUGCUUUCCUUUUACUAUGAUCAAGGUAAUGUAUUUGAGUACGCAGAUGGUAUUUUUAUCUGAUGGCAUCUGGCUGAAAUGCAGAAUAUGAGUCGCUAGCCAAACUGCCUCGAAGGAUGGAGUUGUUUGUGAUAAGAAUAUAAGAUCCACCUUCCCCCCGCCGGCACCUGGGAAGACAGUGUCUGGCUGGUGACAGUGGGCGUGCUGCUGAACACCGAAGCCGUUGUGCAAGGACUUCGCCUCCACUACACUGCUUACCUGCUGGAUGGUGUGGAAGCAGCCUCAACGAACGUGCCUUAAGCCCUUAACUGCUUGCCAGGAUUCGAGAAGAAGCAAGGUUAUGCGCUAGAGUGGGGCCUUUGGCUUGAGGGUGUUGCUGCCUGGCAUUUGGGACGUGUCGUGAUUGUAUUUUGUUUCCUGUUUCUGUGCCUGCGUUGUACUCCGUAUGUAUCUAGCCUUCUUGAUGGUUUCAAACUUGUUCUUUCUUUUCUACAAAACUCCUCCAAAAUUCUACCCCCCUUCCGAAAUUGACAAA